AUUAAAUUCAGACUCCAGGAUAAGAUUUUCUAACCAAUCAUAAGGAUCAUUUAUAACAAUAAAUAAAUAAAUAGAAAUAAUUAUAAACCUCAUUGUUGUAACUGUCCUCAAUAGCUUCUUAAUAUCACACUCACAACUUUAUAUGGAUUCCAUCCACUUUGGACGUGAAGGUCCUGGCAAGGGUUGUUCCUCUAUGACAUGCUCAUUCCCAGUAGUUGAUGGUUCUGGCUGAAUGGGUUCUACGUCGUCCUCGACAACAGGCACAGGCACGCUGUUGAGGCAUUCCUCUUGACCAGAGGUGCCCAGAAAGGGGACACGCAAGUUGCACCAACAAAAUUGUUGAGGGGGGCACAUUUUAACGGUGUUUUGAAUUUUCGAGAGACGGAUUUAUGAAUUUUCAAAAUAAAAAGUUUCAAAACAGAGAACAAAGGGAAUAUUGGAAUAGACCUGAGUAAGUGUAAAUGUGUAUGAUGUAUUCUAUUUCACGAAAUUCUACUCUAAAUUGCACUGUUUUUAAGAAGAAGAGAGCAAUAAAAAUAUUUUGGGAGGAGGGAGAGGUUCAUGCGGCGUCGACUUUAUGGCAGAGGGUGGGCACCCCUAUCCUUGGUAGUGGAAGCAGGCUUUUUUGCAUCCACAUUUGCCAAUUACACAACCCUUGGUGCAGCCGUUGUGAUAUGAAGGUUCUUAGUCUGACAAUCUCAAUAAUGUUAUUUCCGUUUAGUAACCAUAUUAGAGGAUUAUUGAAUGAAAUGAAAUUCAAAUAUUACAUAAAAUAAAACAGCUUGAGAUAUAAAUUUAAUUUCUUUUAGAGGGAUAACGUAAUUUCCUAAGUACGCCCAAUUUCUAAGACCGUCCCUGGUUGAUUGGAUGUAAUUAAGAAAUUGCAGUUCAUAAUAUAUUAUACCAUACUACGGUAUGUUGGACAAAUUUGACAGAUAUAGAACAGUUUUUACGAUAGCAACUUAAGUGUUUUUUUUUUGUUUUUUUUUUUAUAUCACCUGUUUUGAAAGCCUCAAUCGAUAUUUUGUAUCGAGCCUGGACGAUCGAUUUCCCAAAGAACAGCACUGAUUAUUGAAGGCUUCGUGACGUCACAAGAGGAGUGCGGUAACAAAGAUCUCUAGUAGUGACCGGCCGACAAAUUUUAGAUUAAUAUCUAAAUAAAAUUAAAAACUUUGAAAUUCCUUUUUCCUGAAUAAGAAGUCGAUUUUUGAAUAAAUUUCUUGAAUUUGCUGAGGGAUUAAUUCAUUUUGUUUAAUGUACCAUAAUUACAUGCAACAUUUCAACUGAAAUUAGAAAAUAAUUGACAUAUGUUUAUUUCUGUUAUGUUUCAUAGGGUAUAGUAUAAUAGUCCUAAGAUAUUUUUGGUUAACUUCAUUAUGGAUAAUAUCAGAAAUUAUUAUCAAGUGAAGAACAAUGAGCCAAUAUUCAAACCAUCAUAUUCCAAGAAGUCAAAACCUCGCAUUGACAAUGCAACAACGCAUCAUUCUACAUAAUCACUAUUGAAUUGGAUUUUGGUGAAAAUAUUUGCAGAAGAUAAAGGGAUUGGCUGGUACUAUGGAAAAAUUGCGUUUCAAAAUAACAAUGAGAAGAGUGAUGUCUAAGAAAAAAAUACCCUUUCGAGUACUGUCUUCCGAACCGUACUUGCCCAAGAAAGUAGAAGAUUUCCAAUUUAUUUCAGGCGCUAAAUUAACUGGACUUUAUGGUCCGCUUGGCAUUGACGGCUUCAGUAAAUUCGUAUAUCCUGAUGGGGCAGUUUAUACUGGGCAAAUAUUGGGCAAUAAAUAUGCUGGAGAGGGAAAUAUCAAAUUCCACCACGGUGGUGUGAUGAAGGCAUUUUGGAUUCAAGGGGUAGCUUUCAACCCACAAUAUGUUUUUGCGGAUGGACUGCCCUACGAAUGCAAGAACUGGGACUACUGUACAAUGCCUGACAGAAGAUUUCUUUCAGAGUAUCAAAAGGGUUUAAAUCCGUCUGGUAAUAUUCAACUUUCGGAUGACCAUCCUGCCCCGGCUUUACCAGUUGCAAGCUAUGAUAGUGGAGAAGGAUAUUAUAACCCAUUUUCCAGAGAGAUGAUUCAUCCCAUCACAGGAGAAUUCAUGAGAUUACUAGAUACUUACAAAAACUUUUAGGUACAGCAUAUAUAUUAACAUGAUUAGAAUACCAAGUUAUAGCGAACGUAGAUGGAUUCUUAACCAUUGUCGAAGAGAAUGGAUCACACCUUUGCCUUUUGACCCUAAAUUGUAUGAAAACUGGUUUCCUAAAUACAAUGAAGAAAUACGUGAGAAGACUAAGCCAGUUUGGCAAGUGAUACAUGAUUGUAUAGGCGAAAGAAGUGGUAUGGAAUGUAAAAUAGAAAACCUCACUGGUUUUAAACCAAAUACUAUACACACCAGUAAGGAAAAACUUAAUGAAAUACACAAGUUAAUGAAUAAAAGUUAUGAUGAAUCGAAUACAUAUGAUUCAUGGUUAUGAAAUUCUGAACAUUUGAAACACUUUAAAAGUUGAAAUAAAAUUCUUUAUAUAUUUUUA